UAUAUAUGUAUAGAAAUAUUAAAUAUAUAUAUAUUGACAAAUGUACACGUAUUAUUUAUCAUUGACUGUUAUGGUUUUCCUACCUCUUUAGUCUCAGAGAUACACAAAAAUCCGCAACAUUUAAAAUAUACAUAUAAGUAUGUAUAUGUAUAUAUAUAUAAUAUAUAUAAUAUAUAAACUUCUAAUCACCGUGCAACGACAAUUAGGAUUAAUGUAAAAAAAAAAAAAACACGUGCAAGACGCUGUUUUUCGAAUUAAUCAAGGGAAAACAAUUUACACCAACUUAUAUAAAUAAAUAAAAAAAUAAAACAAGUGAUUUACAAAAUCUUCGACAAGAAUUGAAAUCAUUUUCGAAGAAUCAUCAUCUCAUCGUUAAUAAUAAUAUUAAUAAUAAUAAUAAUAAAGCGUUAAGUAUUGUACGAGAUUAAACUUCGAUGAUAGUUUUGGAAGUCGACGAUUUUAUAAUUAAUAAAAGAGAAAGAAGAUAAAAAGGAAGAAUAAAAAGGAUUAAUUUUAUAAAAAAAAAGAAAAGAAAAGAAAAGAAAAGAAAGAAAAAAUCUACAACCCACUUUUGGGGUAGAAUAAAAUAUAAUUGGAUAUAUGCAGGAUAGUAGGAAGAUGGCGUAUUUAAAGAUUCGAAAAAGGAAGUUCAUGAACAGUAUGAUGAUACGUUGAUGCGUUGAUCAAAGGACUCAAAGGCUUGUGAUCGAAAGCAUAUUAGCAGAUAAAACUCUUUGCUACCUAUGUUAUAUUCAAUUUCGUUAUUUAAAUUAUUCAAUUGGAACGUUGAAAAAAGAAAGAAAGAAAGGAAAGAAAGAAAGGAAGGAAGUAAAAAAUAAAAAAGGAAACAUGAAAACGAGAUGAAAUUGAUGAUUGAUCCAAACGUUUGCUCAAGUUUCAUAUAUCCGUUCAAAAUUUCCAAUGGAAAUUUGUAAACAGGAUUUUGCUUGAUUAAAAAUACAAACAAACAAAAAAUCGAAUAAAAAAAAAAAACCUGAGAAGAGGGUAUUAAAAAGUCUUUGAAAUAUCAUCAGAGUGUAGUUGUAGUACAAAAGACAAAAAUUGAUUAUUUUAACUGAUACUACUACUACUACUAUACUAUUACUAUUACUACUACUACUAUUACUUCUACUACUACUACUACUAUUACUACUACUACUACUAAUACUAUUAUUGCUAAUCUACUACGAAAUCCUGGAAAUUGUCUAAAAAAACACAUAUAUAUACAGGAAAUCUGUAAUAAUUCUGUUAUUAUUCGCGAUAAAACGAAAAAAUAAAUCUUCAAGAUGCCGCGGUGUUACAUGGUUAAGAAGGCCCUGUGCAACAAGUACAUUACCAGCGUUGCCAAAGGAUUCGAAAGCUGGGGUCGUGGAAGAAACACGCCAUCUCCAACGACCAUACAGUUGCCUGUUUCGCCCAUAGAAGGGUGCGUUGCACCCACUGUUGCGCAAGACAUAACAGUCACCGGAACACCAACCAUAAACGAGAACAACAAUUCAAAAGAAUCUACAAGUAAUAAGGAAGAAUUAACAAUUGGAAGUGCAUCGGAUUUACCAAAAGUAUCGCACAUAGAAAUGGCAACGGUAAUAGCUUAUACAACUACGACGAAUUCCAUAUCAACCCCAUCAUCCGUAGAAUCAUCGAAUGGAAUGAAAUUGACCGCAAUUACUACUACUACUAUUUCUACUACUGAUACUACUACUACAACACACACAACUGCAGCAAUAACGUUAACGACUACGACUACGACAAAGACGACGACUAAUAAUAUGACAACAGUGUCAUCCAAUUUGCCAACGUCUAAAACGCGAGAACUCGUUAACACCAAUAAUAUUUCGGCAAGCCAUUGUUCACCGUUAAAUGAUUCAAUCAAAUCCUCGUGUUUACCAACGAGAUAUUGUAACACCGAGAACACCUCUGAACAUCCGAACGAUGAUAUCAAAAUAAAAUUGGCCUCUUGUUGUAACAACAACAACAACAACAACAACAACAACAACAAUAAUAAUAACAACAACAACAACAUUAAUAAUAAUAACAAUAACAAUAGUAUAUCAUCGUCAAAUGUUUCAUCAAUGUUUAAAGAUCGUUCGCCAGCCGAAACAGAAGCUGCUCACGAUCUUUUAGAACUAUCAAGAUCUUUACCACCUUUACCCCCACCAAGUGUUGCAAUCGGUCCUCAAAGCGUUAUCGAAACACCUGCCACAGACGUUCAAGAGAUGAGGGUGUACCAACCUGUCGAGCAACCAAUCUAUCAAGUAAACACUAUCGAUCUUACCGGUUCGGGUACCGUCUAUCAUCAUCAACCACAGCAACAACCACUACCACCAACAGCAGCAGCAGCAGCGAGUAUCAUUUACGAGCCAACAACUACGAUCGUUCAGCAAACAUCGGGUGGUGUCUUUAUACCACUUUCACCUGUUCAAGAGAUUCUAUUCACGUAUAGUACACCGUCCAUACCAUGUACCUCGAUUAUGGCUCCUCAACAACAGCAACAACAACAACAACAGCAUCAUCAUCAACCUAUUCAACAACAUCAACAACAACACCAUCAACAACAUCAUCAUCAUCAUCAUCAGAAUCAUCAGAGUCAAGUAAUCGAAACUGCACCACCAUUGACACCACCAACCUCAGAAUGUAGCAGUGAUAUUGAAAACAAUAAUCCUAAUUCUCAACCAAGUCAACGGGACAAGGAAGUUCAAACGGUUACCGAACAAACGGAAGUUAAAGCUGCUAGUUACACUUAUGAUACGUUAUUGGUAGCCGAUGGCAGGUCCAAAAAUAAGAAACUUCUUUCUCUGCAAAAAACAACACCGGAAACUGAGCCACCUGAAAAUCUGGAAACAUCGAAAACUGGUCGUUACGUUUGCUGCGAAUGUGGUAAACAAUAUGCAACCUCGUCAAAUUUGUCGAGACACAAACAGACCCAUCGCAGUAUAGAUUCUCAAUCGGCAAAAAAAUGCAUUCAUUGCGGCAAAGCGUACGUCAGUAUGCCUGCAUUGGCGAUGCACAUGCUAACGCACAAAUUGACGCAUAGCUGUGGAAUUUGUGGAAAGAUGUUUUCCAGACCAUGGUUAUUACAAGGACAUUUACGUAGUCACACCGGUGAAAAACCAUACGGUUGUGCACACUGUGGCAAAGCAUUUGCCGAUCGUUCAAAUUUAAGAGCACACAUGCAAACCCAUUCGGCUGAUAAAAAUUACGAAUGUCCUAAGUGUCAUAAGUCAUUUGCCCUUAAGUCGUACCUGAACAAACAUCUCGAGUCGGCGUGUCAAAGAGAAAACGGUGACGAAAGUAGCAACGACGUUGACACCUCGCCGUAAAUCGUGUGUGCCUGAAAAUAAAGAAAAAAUAAAAUAAGAACAAAAAAAAAAAGAAAAAUAAAACCCCCCAAAAAAUUUGCGAAGAAACGUGAGACGACAUUUUUCAUAAAAAUAACUGGCUACAACGUAAACGUGAUUAAAUUAGCACACAUGCCAGUGAAAGAAAUAAACUACGACAUCCAGGGCAACCCCGGAGAAAUAUGGAGAUCAACCGGUGUAGAAAAAAAGGAACAACACGAGCAAAGGCUAACACAUAGAUCCGGACGUUGUUGCAGUCCUUCGGUAACAAAAAAAAAAAAUUAAAAAAAAAAAUCUACAAAGAUAAAGAGAACGAAAGACAGAGAGAGUGAGAGAGAGCGAGAGAUACACAUACACAUAUAGAAAUAAACACAUACAUAUGCAACUUUACUGAACUAGAAAGGGGUUUUCAAAGAGAUCGUUUCUCCAUUAAAUCUCGAUCUCAACACACACACACACACACAUACAGACACACUACUCAUUCUAUUCAAUCACGCAUAUCGGACUGCAACAAUGGAUUCAUUCUUGAGAAUAAAACAGAGAAAGAAAUAAUAAAAAAAAGAAAAGAGAGAGAGAGAGAGAUUGAUACUUUCGAUUGCUUAGUUUGAAAACUUUCUACAGCUGUCAAACAACAUUUUCAUUCGCAUUAGCUACUCGCGAACAAAUGCGAUUUCACAUACACACACACACACACACAUACACAUGUAUAAUACUUACAGAAAGAUUUACGUGUUUCUUUCUAUAAGAAAGUUUCACUUACUUUCAAUGUGUGGUAAGAAACACAUAUAUAAAAAAAAGAAACAAGAAGACAAAAAUUUGCCAAAUCGUCCUUUGCUAUCAAAAAGGAUAUUGGGGUGAGGGUGAGGGUGAGGGGGUAGGAUGAGGGUGAGGGUGGGAUGAAUUUUUUAUAUCAAACAAACGUCACAUUCGUGAAUGAAUCUUCUUCUCUUUUCUAUCCGGACUUUGACCAAAUAUUAUUGUCUGAUUCUAAAUAUAUAAAACAAGUGAAACGAAUAUAAACGUUGAAAUAAUAUGUGAAGAUUGUUUAAAUGAUCAUCAUUGCGUGUUAUUGGAUUAUCAUCGAAAACAAAAAAAAACAAAAAAAAAAUAUGAUAAUAAUUUCGUAUUAUUGUCAGAACGUUGUGAUAAUGAAUCAAAGUAAUAAGAGAAAAAGAGAUCAAGAUAAUGAAGAUGAAGAUGAAAAUUGAUCUAUAGAUAUCUAUAAAAUUCAUCGAUCGAUUUGUUUAAGAUAACGAGAUGACCACUUUUGAAUAAUAUUUAUUAAUAUUAAUGACAUUUUACUUAUUAAGACGAAUUUACCGAAUAUUUAUGAUGUCUUACAUACACACCAACGUUAAAUGGGAUAACAAAACAAACGUUGCACAACGUUUUAUCAAUAAUUCCAUAUAAAUAACAACAACAAAAAAAGGCAGUUUAAAUAAUAUAAACAUUAUAAUAUAAAUCAGUAAAAAAAAAAAAAUAUAUCAAAUGGUCAGUUUAUCACGAACGAUCGUCGUUCGAAUAAAUUUCCCUUUUUUUUCUGGCUUAUUUUUUUUUUUUUUUAAAUCAUAAUACGUCGACACAAAUACGCGAUGAUACUCGCGAUCCAUUUUGAUAUCGAUUAAAUUAAAAAAAAAAACACGUCCUUUGAAUUUAAAAUGAAAAAAAAAA